UUUCUCCCCCGGCUCCUUUAUCUGCUCUGCCAAAAUACCUCCCCGAAAAGAAAUUGGCCUUCUCUCUCUCUCUCUCUCUCUCUCUGUACAGAAGACCUUUAUCAGCUGUCCCGUGAGCUUUUGCCCAAAAGGGGAGUUCUCUCCUUUGAUUCAUAACUACAGGAAAGAGCAAAAAAAUUAAAGGAAACCAGAAAGUGGGCAAAUGUUUUCCCCCCGACGAAUCACUAUUAUGACUUCUUUCCUCUGCCGCCAUUUCUUCUCCGCCUGAGAAUCUGAGCAGUUUGUGCAAACGGAUUGCUGAAUAUUGAGAGGUUCAGAUUCGAGGAGGAAACUCUCAAACUGGGUUUUUUUCCUUUUGUUCCAUUCCGGGGUGUAGAACAAUGAAUGUUGCGCCGGAUUGCUCUGACUCUGAGUUCGUCGAAGUUGAUCCCACUGGAAGAUAUGGCAGAUAUAAUGAAAUUCUCGGCAAGGGAGCUUCAAAGACAGUUUACAGGGCAUUUGAUGAAUAUGAAGGGAUCGAAGUGGCAUGGAACCAAGUUAAGCUCUACGAUUUCCUCCAAAGUCCUGAAGAUCUCGAGAGGCUUUACUGCGAGAUUCAUCUCCUAAAGACGUUGAAGCACAAGAACAUAAUGAAGUUCUAUACUUCCUGGGUGGACAUUGCCAAUAGAAACAUCAACUUCGUGACUGAAAUGUUUACUUCUGGGACUUUGAGGCAAUAUCGGCAGAAGCACAAAAGAGUUAACAUUAGAGCAGUGAAGCAUUGGUGUAGGCAGAUCUUGAAAGGGCUUCUCUAUCUCCAUAGCCAUGACCCACCUGUGAUUCAUAGAGAUCUCAAGUGUGACAACAUCUUCAUCAAUGGAAACCAGGGCGAAGUGAAGAUUGGAGAUCUUGGACUUGCUGCUAUCCUAAGGAAAUCUCAUGCUGACCAUUGUGUUGCAGGAACACCAGAAUUUAUGGCGCCUGAAGUUUAUGAGGAGGCAUAUAACGAAUUGGUUGAUAUAUAUUCCUUUGGAAUGUGCAUAUUGGAGAUGGUCACUUUCGAAUAUCCCUACAGUGAAUGCACUAACCCUGCUCAGAUAUACAAGAAAGUCAUCUCUGGUAAAAAGCCGGAAUCUUUGUACAAAGUGAAGGAUCCAGAAGUGAGGCAAUUUGUGGAGAAAUGCUUGGCCACUGUGUCCCUCAGGCUUUCUGCUAGGGAGUUGCUGAAUGACCCUUUCUUACAGAUCGACGAGUAUGACCCAGAUCUCCAGUUGCUAGAUUAUGGGAGGGAUGUCGAUGAGAUUAGUCCCUAUAUGAGGCAGCCCUACCUUGAUAUUCAUGACAGCAUGUAUUCUUCUUAUAGCAACGGCUAUGGUUAUGAUGCUCAUAAUGAAGUGGAGUAUCAUCAUACUGCUGAAAUGGAGCAUACGGGGAUUGACCUCUUCGAAUACCAUGAUGAUGAGGACAACGACGAUGAUCAUCCUCCCAAUGUUGAUAUCCGUAUCAAGGGCAAGAGGAGAGAUGAUGGUGGUAUCUUCUUGAGACUGCGCAUCGCGGACAAAGAAGGUCGUAUUCGAAACAUCUACUUCCCAUUUGACAUUGACAUGGAUACAGCAUUGAGUGUAGCAACCGAAAUGGUUGCAGAACUCGACAUAACCGAUCAAGAUGUGACCAAAAUAGCAGACAUGAUAGACGGUGAGAUUGCUUCCUUGGUACCAGGCUGGAGGCCUGGGCCUGAAGGCCUCGACGAGACGCCUCGGUUUGCGAACCAAACCCUAUGCCAGAACUGUGCCUCAACUCGAACCUCAAAUGGGUCGCUCAUCGAUUUCAUGUCAAGCAACCCAUGUUGCAGAAAUGGAUGUGCUUCAAUGCAUGGCAGGUUUGAAGAGGUGACAUUUCAACCUGAGGAUACAGAUCAUCAUCAAUGUGCAUCGAAUGCUAAAGCUCACUCGCAUCAUCAUCGACACACGUGGGACCAGCAUGAGAGCCGUGACAUAACUCCAGCAGGGUCCGGGAUAAGCCAUUCGGAUGAAGAGUAUGAGAAGCUUGUUCGAAAGCAUGUCAUGGAGAAUACCGAGAUUGCUUCUCCUCCAAGGAAGUCUGCUCAACAUGCUAGGGGUUCAGGUUCUUUGCUUGAGCUGGCUCCGUUGGACGGAGACCUGGCAGGAGAUGGCCAUGAGAGCGAUAUCCAGCAUGAAAUACGAUGGCUCAAGGCAAAGUACCAGAUGGAGAUGAGGGAACUCAAAGAUCAUCAGUUGGGAAUUAUGAGCGCACCUGUCCCGAAUCCAAGCUCCAAGGAAGAAGAUGGAACAUCUAAAGGUGGUGAGGGUUUGUCAUGUUCGGUAUUGAAGUCAGCAUUGAAGUCAUUACAACAGCAAGAGCAAUGUAGUAGCCCUCUGAGCAAGAAAAGCUCCACCAUUUCUCAAGCUCACCGAGUUUCAAAGAGGGAGCCCCCAGCAGCAGAUCAACCUAUAUUCACUGCCAAUAGCUUCUAUACUGGUUCUUUUCUUCCAAACUCACUUCACAGGACUACUUCUCUUCCAGUUGAUGCUGUUGAUGUAUAAUGUAAAUGUACAUCUGUUCCCACAGAUUUUUAGAUUAUUAUUCUUUUCUUUUUGACCCCCACAUAUAAAAUCAAAAUUAUAGAGGUCUUUGUCUUUCCCCCUACAAUUGGAGCUCCAUCACAGACUGUCACAAUGACUUUUUUUUUUGGCUGAUACUUUUACUGCCAGCCUGUGUUAGGAAGAGAAGAGCGAGUAACAACAAUAAUGCAUCUAAAAGUCAAGGACAUGAAAUUAUUGCUAUCAUUGCUAUUAUGAGUUUGGCUGUUCAUGUUGCUAUUACAACCACCCUGGAAAAUAUUUUAGUUGCAGAGCCGUGGGGGAUGUGUUUUAUCGAACCAAUGAUUGUGGAUGAGGAAAAUAGUUGAAAUCAUUGGUUGGGUAAUAUUUCUGAAACCCACUUUGAAACUAUAAUGGAGAUUGUACGACGUGAAUGA